UCCUGCUUGUUUUGUUCUGUUGAGUUGUUGUUGAAGUAGUUGUCGUUGUCGUUAUUGUUGCUGUUAUUGCUACUGCAACUGUUCCCUCUCGAGAGAACACCUCAGUCGCAGCAGCCUCUCGUCGUCACCCAAGUUGGUUGGGCGCGCCGUCGGAUUGCCUCAAUCAAGCUCAAUCCGAGUGCGCCCUGCGAGCUACCCGCGGUCUCUGUGCAGACGUGUGUCUUCUUCUGCUGGUCAGAAAGGUGCCCGGAAGUGCAGUUCUUGCUGCUGUUUGUUCUUUGACUUGUCUUCUGCGACCCCGACUCAAUCAUGCCGUUGCGGAUAUACAACGCCCACACCGGGCGCACUACCGAGCUCAACCAGGAGCGCUUCCUGAGUCUGGCCGAUCUCAGGAACGCGGUCUCCAUGCAGCACAAUAUCCCCACAGACAACCAGAUCUUGAUGACCGCGCGCGCCACUCAGCUGAGAAUGGCAAACAUAGCAACAGAGACCGAGCUCUAUCUCUUUGACAAACUGCUCCUGGCCCAUCCCAGCCCGACCCCACCGCUCACCAACCCGCUGCUGCCCCUGAACCCCCAACCCAUCCCCAACAUCACAAACGUCAAGCCCUCACAGGCAGAACUAGUCGACCUCUUUGAAGCCCGCGCAGACUGGGCGCAGAAACUGCUCAUGCGUGCAGAGUCGCUGAAACUCUCUCUCGGCUACACCGCUGCCGAAAUCGACGUCAUCCGUCGCUCGGUCGGCGUCGCCAUGGCUCAUCUUCGUCAGCACCUGGCAAACAUCGAGCGCUCCUUCAAAGAGGUCGUCCAAACUGCCGUCAACCUCUCGCAAGAGUUUGACUCCACAGACUGGCAUUUUUCGCUGCGGAUCCUUGACCAUCUCCCGGUAAUAGACUGCUUCGGAGGCGGUACUUUGUCCUCCUGGGUAGACCAUGACAAGGUCCAUGCCAUUCAAAACGAUAUCGAGUUUAACGAUCAGCACAUUCAAGAUCGCAUCAGGGACAUCAAGUUUGUGCUUGACAAGGUCGCUACCGACAGCGAGGUUCUCGGACGCGAUAUCCAGGCCUCGGGUCACAACGAUCACAGCGAUGAAAACGAUGAUGAUCCACAGGAAGGUAUCCCGGCCAUGCUCGAAGACUUGCACGCUAUCGUCAACAAAAUUACCAAAGACGCCGAGUAUAUUGCCGAUCUGCCGAGCACGCCCGCUAGCAUGCGCUCCAUCACCCGCCUGUCCUCUUUACAUCAGCGCGAGUACCUUCCAAACAUCUCCGCCUCCGUAGCCGAGCUAUGGGAGCUCAACCGCAACGCUCAGAGCCGAAAGGCCUCCAUUCAAGUGGCAUCCCUACGACAACUACACACAUUAUCGGUCGUACAGUCUCGAGCAUCUCCCAUCCGUCCUGAUCUCACUUCGAUCGAGCGCGAACUCGAAACUUCCAAGGCAUCGUUGGCAGUUUUGAAGCAAAUGGAUCAGCUCCCCUUGAUCUAUGGCUCGUUCCUGAUCGAAUCCGUGCAGCGCGCCGAAUGGAGUCAGCGCAUCAAGUCCCUCACUGGUGAAGUUGCCGAAGAAUUUGCGACCUGGAAAGAAGACGAGCAGAAGCGCCGCUCGAAAUGGCUCAAGAGAUUCGGCAGCAGUCUUGAGAAUUUCCAGCAGACGUUCAACAACAGCAUUAAUCCUGCUAGUAGCGUCAAUAGCAUUUACAGUCUCAAGAACUCAAACACUAGUAUCUUGGCUGUCGAGCUAAACCUCGUUGGCGUGAAUGAGCAGCCCGCUUCCGCAUCAGUCACCAGAGAAGACGUGCACGAGUUCAUCGAGACCUUGAAGCACAUUCCGGGAACUGAGCAUCUACAUGCGGAACUGCAGGAAAUGAUCAAAGAGCUGGAUCGGACUAACCACGAGCGCGUCACGGCCGCGUCUCGUAGACGCGAAAAGCUAUUCAAGAACGGGAGCUUCAUGGAGCAAAUGCGCAGUAGCAUGGUAGUCUCUGCCCAGCAGCGUUCGAGCCGUCAAUCCUCGCCUGAGCUGAAGGACUCGCUUACCGAAAGCUUAGCGCAGGAAAACAGGAUGCUGCAGGAGAAACUCAAGAGUUAUGAAUCGAGAGUUCGACGACUGGAGGAUCUGCUGCAUAGGCAGCAAGUGCAAACCUCCCAAGGAGUCCCAGCUUCUGUCCCAUCAGGCAGCGGUGGUGGAUACUUUGGGUUGGUGCCUACUGCCGCGACCAACGCGCAUCCGAUUUCUGUCUCUCGUCAUCACUCUGCUCCGGUUGUCAAUGGUUCCCCGCAACUGAGUCCUGGGAUUCUCAAUCAGUCCCCGCAGCAGCAGCAGAGGGUCCAAUCACCAAUUCCUAUUCAACAGCAAUUCUCUCAGCUCACCCCGCUUCCACCGCAGCCCCGCAAAUCCCCGCCGAUUUCGCAGUCGCCGCGCGCGUCCACGUUUGAAUUUGAAAGUAGCAGGAAGCGAGGGAGUGCAUUGCGACUCGAUCGGAUGUCAGUCGAGCCGAGCAAGGAUCCUAGUGCGGCUGUUGCUGAUUUGCGGAGUGAGCAGCAGCAGCUUCGUUCUGCUCUCGAGUCUGAGAAGGAGACCUCGACGCGGUUGAAGAAGCAGAUGCACGAGACUGAGAGAAAUAUGCAGGAAAUCGAGGUUAUCAAGCAAGAUCUGCUCGCGAACUUGUCUCAGCAAGAAGCCGAAUUCCAGCGUGAGCGUAAAUCUCUCAAUCAAGAGAUCUCGGCGUUGAAGGCACAUAUCUACGCGAUGGAGGAAGCCGAGGAAACACUGGAAGAAAGCCGGGUCGACAAAGAAGGCAUGAUUGCGAAUCUCGAGAGCGCGCUGGAAGAGCAGCAGCAGCGGGAGCGCGAUCUCGAGGAAGUCAAGUCCGAGCUCGAUAUCGAGAUUCGGAAUUUGCGGGAGACGUUGCGUGCCGAGAGAGAUGAAUCGACGCAGCUUGCUAGUAAGCUUGGCGAGUCUACGCGCGCACAGCUUAGUUUGAAGUCUCGGACGAUGCAGCUUGAGGAGUUGCUGCGUGCUCAUGCUGAGCGGUCUGAUGACGCUGCUGAGGACAAGGACGGCGUGCUGCCAUAUGAUCGCGAAGGACUCGAGAACACGAUGAAGGAGCUGCAAGAAGUGCUUGCGCGCCUGGCCGAUUCUGAAGUCAAGACCAAUAAGUUUGCAGAGGAGAACGAAUCACUGCGAGAGACGAUGGCGCAGGAUAAAGCACUGAUCAACCGAUUGUGGAAGAUGAUGAUGCCAGAUAGUACUGAUGAGGAGCCGUCGCCUGAAACCGUGGAGAGUACGCUUCAAUCGCGCUUGGAACAGUUUGCUGACGCCGAACGACGAUUGGGUGAAUUGGGAGAGGAAGUGGCUGCUCUCAAGUGUUCUUUGGCAGAGCUGAAGGCCAGCCACGAGUCGCAAAGUGCACGCUCGCGUGACAUCACGGUCCGGCUGUAUACGUUCUAUCGCGAUACGCGCCAGCUUAUGAAUGAGUUGGGAAUCGUUUAUUCAAACUCGAAGGCGAUGGUGCUGAAGAGCAACACACUCGAGGAGGCGCUGUACAAGAUCCUUCCCGAAUCCGAGCGCGAGAAACGGAUAGCCGAGGAUAAUGGUGGAGAGAGCGAAUCCGCCGAAUCAGAACUGUCUAUUCCCGAGAUUGACGCUCUGCACUGGACGGGCGGGUCAGAAGCGGAUGAAGGACUGCGAUACGAACGGUUUAUCAACGAGAUUGAGUUUGACUAUCAGUCGUUUUCAAAGCUGGUGCACAAGCGGAUCCAGGAGGCCGAGUUUAUUGCGCGCAAGUGGUAUAAGAUGGCGCGGCUGUAUCGGGAGAAAGCGCGACGGGCCAAGAAGGAAUCUAGCGAGAAGAUUGCGUAUAAGUCGUUCAAAUCCGGUGAUUUAGCGUUGUUUCUGCCGACGAGCAGUAAAGUGAACAAUGCGAACCACGUGUGGGCUGCGUUCAAUGACGGCGCGCCGUACUGCUUUUUAAGGGAUGAGGAGCAGAAUGCGCGGGCGUUGGAAGGACGGCAGUGGAUGGUUGGCCGGAUCACGAAGAUGGAGGAGGACGCGGACGGAGUUCUUAGCUCGAGUUUUACGGACGAGCAGAGUAGGUCUGGUCCGAUAGCAAAAGGUGAUCAGGCGGCAUCGACGGCAGCGGCGGGAGAAGAAUCGCUAAAGACUGCGGUUGCGGAUGGGCGUCGGUUUAUUGUUGAUGCGGUCGAGAUCAGGAAUGAUAGUAAUGCGGAUAACUUUGUGCCGCCGUCCGAGACUCCGGUUGUGGGUCGACGGCUUUCGGCAUUAGCAGCUGCAGCGGCGAAGCGCACGACGAGACCUGCUGCGACAGAGAGCGAGGUGCUGAUGCGACCGGUGACAUCGUCGGUGGUGGCGCAGUCGAUUGCGCUGAUGCAGCAGCAGCCGCAGGCAGCAGCCGAGAUACCAUUGGAAGCGAGUGAGAGUGCGCGAGAGAUUCCGGAAACCUCUGAGUCAGGGAUUUUCUAUGGUGCUUCGUAUCUGGCCGCGCAGGCGCGGUCACCUUUGAAUUCACCGAUCUCUGGGACAGACGAUGAGGCAGCGAGCGAAGGGAAGAUUAGUCAAGACGAGGCGAGAGCGGAGGGCGGAGUCUCGAUUAAUGACGAGCAGGAGGAAGAGAUUAUCAGCAGCACAGCGGCGCUGCAGCAAUCUUUUGGGACCGACAGUGGUAAUCGGUAGUUGAUUAUAGAGCUUUUCUCUUUUUUUUCUUCUUUCUACAAAUUGCAUUUUGGCAGGUUUUUAUCUUUUACUUUUUAUUAAUUGGCGAAUGGGUUUCAUAUUUCUUUUUUCCAGAGAUGUUCUGGGAUGACUUGGGUUUCUGAAGUGGAACUUGAGGAGUCGGUCGUUGUGUAUGAUUCUAGUUUAAUGUUAUAACAA